AUGCGAUGGAUCCCACUGGAAUCGAAUCCGGAAGUUAUGAACCAGUUUAUGCAUAAACUGGGCAUCGAAGAUGGCUGGGAAUUUUUCGAUGUUUACGGUCUUGAAGCUGAGCUUCUAGCCCUAGUACCAAAACCGGUGUUGGCCGUGAUGGUUCUUUAUCCAUUAUCAAAGAAAACCGAAGCGGAACCUCUAGGGGAAGCAGUCAAAGACAGUAGUAUUAUGUUUAUCAAGCAAACUAUCGGAAAUGCCUGCGGUACGGUGGCUCUGCUUCAUGCAGUUACAAAUAAUCAAGACCAUCUCAAGUUCCGAGAUCGAUCUGUCCUUGAUCAAUUAAUUCAAACAUUACGAGACCUGGAGCCUUCAGAACGUGGUGAAGCCAUGGAACGAGAAGAGGUAGAUCUGAGUGUAAUCCCUGCCGUAUACUUUCCUCUUUUGUUGUAA